AUGGAGCCUCUGUUCCCGGCCCCCACGCUGGGCUGGAACGCCUCCUCCGCGGCCCCCAGCGUCGGCGGCCGGAACGGGACGCUGGCGGGGCUGGCGCCCUCGCCGGGGGCCCGCGCCGUGGUGGUGCCUGUGCUGUACCUGCUGGUGUGCGUGGUGGGGCUGGGUGGCAACGGUCUGGUCAUCUACGUGGUGCUGCGCCACGCCAAGAUGAAGACGGUCACCAACAUCUACAUCCUCAACCUGGCCGUGGCCGACGUGCUGCUCAUGCUGGGCCUGCCCUUCCUGGCCACGCAGAACGCCGUCUCCUACUGGCCCUUCGGCCCCGUCCUGUGCCGCCUGGUCAUGACGCUGGACGGCAUCAACCAGUUCACCAGCAUCUUCUGCCUGACCGUCAUGAGCGUGGACCGCUACCUGGCCGUCGUGCACCCCAUCCGCUCCGCCCGCUGGCGCCGCCCCAGGGUGGCCAAGCUGGCCAGCGCCGCCGUCUGGACCUUCUCGCUGCUCAUGUCGCUGCCCCUGGUGGUGUUCGCGGACAUCCAGGAGGGCUGGGACACCUGCAACCUCAGCUGGCCGGAGCCCGUGGGGCUGUGGGGCGCCGUGUUCAUCAUCUACACGUCUGUGCUGGGCUUCUUCGGGCCACUGCUGGUCAUCUGCCUCUGCUACCUGCUCAUCGUGGUCAAGGUGAAGGCGUCGGGCGUGCGCGUGGGCGCCACGCGGCGGCGCUCAGAGCGCAAGGUGACCCGCAUGGUGGUGGUGGUGGUCGUGGUGUUUGUGGGCUGCUGGCUGCCCUUCUUCAUCAUCAACAUCGUCAACCUGGCCUUCGUCCUGCCCGAGGAGCCCGCCUCCGCCGGCGCCUACUUCUUCGUGGUCAUCCUGUCUUACGCCAACAGCUGCGCCAACCCCGUGCUCUACGGCUUCCUCUCUGACAACUUCCGCCAGAGCUUCCGGAAGGUUCUGUGCCUCCGCAAGGGCUACGGGGCCGAGGAUGCAGAGGCCACGGAGCCACAGCCCGACAAGGGCGGCCGGCUCCAGGAGGCCACGCUGCCCGGGCGCAGCUCCAACGCCAACGGGCUCAUGCAGACCAGCAAGCUGUGA